AUGAGCUGGCGAGACGCGAACGCGACUUCCCGGAGAGAGGCUAGGUACAUAUGCGGCAACGGCGGGAGUGAGAGGGGUGGUUUCGUCCCAUUGGAAAGAUGGGUCGGGCGAUUCGAAAGCGGCGGGGAGGACGUGGGCGGCAAGGGUAGGGUGGGAGGUGGGAGUAGCUAUGAGGAGGGGAAUUUGCGAGGAACCGUUGAUGUAGAUGCGGCGGUACUAAGUAGAGCCGGGACAGAUUGCGUGGAAGGCGAGCCUGUAAGCGCGAGGAGUGGAUAUCUGGCGAAGUUCAUGUGCGAUGAGACCAAAGAUCUCCAGUGGCAGGUGAACAGGAGAGGUGGAGCCAGGAUUGAACGUUUGAACAUGGUGGGAGAAGUUGGAUGGAGAAGCGCCAUCGGCGAAUUUGAACGCGCUCACGAAGUGAAAUUCUUCCCUAGGAAGCCUGACAUUCACCGAAACAAACUACAUAUGCGACAGAACACUCACAAGAUGGCUGCCCCUUGCGCCCCUGCCUCUGAGGCCCGAUACAUCCUCCGCAGCAACCUCGCCCGGCUCGCGCGCGCGCACAAUUUCGACCGCGGCCCCGGUGUAGGCUCGUCGUCGGUGUCCACGAAGUCGAAUGCUGACGCGAAGAUGUCGAGGGCCUCCUGCUCUUUCGCGGGCACGGCGCGGAUUGCAACGGCGAGGUACAGUUCGGGGUUCACAUCGCGCCUUGCAUUCUUCUCCCGCGCGUAA